AUGAGCCCAUCGUUGAAAAUAGUGAAGAUAAACAAGAGCGAUAUGAAGAUGAGCUCAAAAGAUGAAAGCGAGUAUUGGUUAGAGCCAGGUGUGUCGUUUGAUCUUCAAAACACACAAGAUUCGCUACUGGAACUACCAAUCACUCCAAAGGCUUUCAGGUUUCUUGCUUUUGUGAAAAUUGCGAAAGCUCCAAUCACAGACAACGGACCAGACCAUAUGUUUUUUUCUUUCUACCUAAAGCACAUGAAGCCCCAAUAUGAAACAUGGAGUGCUAGCAAAAUAACUGGUGUGAAACUCAUAGGGUCGAUCGAGAUUGAUAGCUUUCCCAAUGCACAGUUUAAAUUUGUGAGAGGAUCGACGAGUCAGGUCUAUGAAUUCACUUGCAGAUUUGCCUUGUCUGAAUCCUUAUGA